AUGCGAAGUGUCAUACUUCGUCAAGAAGAAGAGUUGCGACGAUUAAGGCAACCGGCACUGGCUGCCCCUGUUGAUCAAGUGUUACCACCAACACCUAUGCCAGUGGUGGGUAACCAGGGGUUUGUUAUGCCGCAUAGGGACUCGGUAUUUGAGCGGUUCGUGAAGCUGCAACCUCUGACUUUUCUGGGAGGUUUUGAUAUAAUUAAGGCCGAGCAGUGGAUGAGCACUAUUACCCGUAUCUUGGAUAAUAUGGGAGUGACGGGAACUGAAAGAGUGAACUGUGCAGCCUUCAUGUUACCAGAUCAUGCCCGCGUCUGGUGGGAUAUCGUGGGCCAAACCCGGGAUGUCAGUAUAAUGACCUGGGAAGAAUUUAAAAGUUUGUUUGAGGAAAAGUUUUACUACAUCGCUGUGAGAAGUUCACACAUGGAAGACUUUGUGAAGCUUACUCAGGGAAAGAUGUCAGUGGCCGAAUACACCCUGGAAUUUGACCGGUUAUCUAAGUUUGCUGGUGAUCUGGUACCCACAGAUUUCACUAGGAAACAGAAAUAUGUGAGAGGAUUGAAUGCCACAAUCAGUCGGGACUUGAAGAUUACCACGUCACAUGACGCUUUGUAUAAGAAAGUGGUAGAGCUAGCCUUGAUUGCUAAGGAGGCUGAGAACCAUGUAGCAAAAGAGCAGACUGCAAAGGAUGCCGCCACGGCAUCGAAUCCUCCUGCUAGUGGUAAUUUCAGUAAGGGGACCGAUAGUGGCAACCCUGAUCACAAAUGGAAGGCUGAGGCUUCCGGAACAUCAGGGAGUAUUAGAAAGCUUCAGGGAAAUUGA